AAAAUUUUGAACAACGGUUUUCUUUUAAAAAAUAUGUUACUGUAAAUCAAUCACUUAGUAGUACAGUACAGAAGAAGUUGCUAAUGGAACAACAUGGUGUCCAUAUUAGAAGAAGCAGAUGAUCCGAUGCUUAGAUGGAAAAACAGAGAUGUGGAAAUGCAAAGUUAUUCUUAUAGUAUCUCCAGCGAGGAAGAAAGCGGUUCCGCUUUCGAUAUAGAGCAAAGAACAAGAACGAAACCUUAUCAAGAAAUAUGGAAUACAAAUUCUAUAUGGGAGAGUCUUAUGCAUUUGAAUGAGGCAGAAGAAAUAAAUGAACUAUUACUUAAAGACGAUGUGAAAAAGGCUAUCGGUACUAACAAAAAUACUGCUCUACUAAUUUCGUCAUGGACAGGAAAUGUAUCUGCGUUAAAAAGUAUCAUAGAAGCCGGACCGUUUCUAGAUAAAACCGAUGAAAAUGGAAGGACAGCAGUCCACUUGGCAUCUUACGGCGGGAAAAGUGAAUGUUUAAAGCUAUUACUAGACGCAGGUUGUAACAUAAACGCCUAUGAUCACAGCAAGCAGAUUACGCCUUUGCAUUGCGCAGCCGGGGCGGGAGAUUUAACCUGCAUAAAGAUCUUGAUAAAAAGAGGGGCAGGCAUCAACGCCGGUUUAAACAGUGGAAAUUUUAGACCCCCAUUGUAUUUUGCAGUACAAAGCAACGCUACCGAAUGUGUGAAAGAGCUGUUGCAAAACGGAGCUAUUCCAAAUACUUGCCAGAUUUUUAGUGAAACUCCCCUCCACGUAGCAGCAGCUCUGGGAAACUCUGGAGUAGUGGAACUUCUUCUGCGCUAUGGAGCUGCCAAAGACGUACAAUGUGGGAACGAGAAAAUGACUCCACUCCAUCUGGCCGCAGAAGAUGGAGACGUAGACUGCGUUAAUUUGCUUAUAAACGCAGGUGCUAAUAUAGCUGCGAAAAACCACAAAAAUCAAACACCUCUGCACUUGGCAGCUCUGUCCCAAUGUGCAGAAACGAUUGCGAUCCUGUUGAAGAAAGGUGCAGAUCCUAAUGCUACCGAUGUGGAUGGAAGAACUCCUUUGCACAGUUCGAUCGUAAAAGCUUCCAGGUCUUGCGAAUGCGUAAGACUAUUACUAAGCGCCAGACCUAACGUAAACAAACCAGACAUUUUUGGUUACACCCCCCUUCAUCUAGCAGCUCUAAAUGAGUAUGCUCACUGCGUUAUGUUAUUAAUUAACCACGGUGGGGAUGUAACUGCAAGAACUAAUGGCGGAAUAUCAGUUCUUACUUUUAUAACCAGGAAGACCCCAGACGUGAUUCAAAAAUACAAAUCUAAAUUCGACUACUCUAUAAGACUAAUAGAUCAUGAGUUGGGUGACAUUGACUGCGAAUUAAAAUUAGAUUUCACAGUUCUUGUACCUACCAUGGGCAAUAAAGAAACAGAACUUCUUUUGAACUUUAUUGAAGUGGGUCAUAAGGAGAUUCUGAAACAUCCGCUGUGUGAAACGUUUUUAUUUUUAAAAUGGAGGCGCAUUAGAAAGUUUUUCCUAUUCAGUUUAUUUUACCAUUCCCUUUUUGUAUUCUUGUUUACUUUUUACACAGUAGGUGUAUUUCUUCGAGAUUGCCCAUCUGCCAAAAGCCACGUCAGUCCUUGCUGGGUACCAGAGUAUGUCAAGACUGUGGGUUAUGUGCUAUUAAUUCUGAAUUUGUUAUUGUUAGCUAAGGAAUUAUUUCAGAUAGCCCAUUCGUGGGUCACGUACGUAAGGCAAUGGGAGAAUGCUCUCCAAUGGUUUAUUAUUUUUGGAGUGUUUUGCUGUGUUCAACCAACCACCAAUAUGGAUGUAGAACAGGAUGUAUAUAAUUGGCAGCACCAUGUUGCAGCCAUUAGUAUAUUUGUCACUUGGGUCGAGCUAAUGAUGAUAGUUGGAAGGUUUCCUGUAUUCGGUUUGUAUAUUCAAAUGUUUACGACAGUUGCGGUAAAUUACGCUAAGUUUAUGCUGGCUUAUUUUUGCUUAUUUCUGGCAUUCUCUUUAAGUUUUGGCGUCAUAUUCGCCAAUUAUAAAUCCUUUAAAGACCUCAAAUGGGUACUGUUAAAAGUCAUAAUAAUGAUGUCAGGAGAACUAGAGUAUGAAGAUGUAUUUUUUCCCGAUGAUAAAUAUGAGAAAAUCAAAUAUCCUUAUACAGCACAGUUAAUGUAUCUAUGUUUCGUAAUCUUGGUGACGAUUAUUUUAACGAAUUUAAUAGUCGGUCUUGCAGUUAGCGAUAUUCAAGAAUUACAACAAAGUGCUGGACUAGAUAGGUUAGUUCGACAAGCCGAAUUAGUAGCUCACUUGGAGAGUAUGUUGUUUUCCAAACUUCUGACGUGCAUACCUUACAAGGUGAUGAAAUUUUUACAUAACAAAGCAUUGCUCCUCAGGUCUCAGCACCAUUGGGCUUUAUAUAUACGGCCCAAUGAUCCAAGAGAAGAAAGAAUACCACAAGACUUGAUUAAAAAUAUUUAUCAAUUAGUAGUAGCGCGAAAAGAAAAACCAAAAAAAAAUCGACGAAUGAAAUCAGACUAUUAUUACGACGUUAUUUCUCCUUCCCUCUCAAGGCUAAGUUCUUACAACAGCGAUGGCGGAAAGUACGGUAGUAGAAAUCAAUUAACAAAUCUGAAAGCUCAAGUUGACGAAGUUACAAAAACUUUUCAUGAGCACAAUAAGAUGAUGAGACAUAAGAUUGACAAAAUAUACAUGGCUCUAAAUGGUACUAAAUAAUUUCUGACGAUAUUGAGUGCGUCACGAUCCUGUUUUUAAAAUGUUCCCUGGAGUAGACAUAAAAUAAAGUAUUGAGAUAUCUAAAAGAUUAUUUGUUACUACAUCAUUUAACUUUCAUCACUUUACUUUCUGAUGUCCUAAUUGUCUUUCUUUCCUACUCACCUUUAUCCCCGUAUCCACUAACACCAGUCAGUUUUGACUAGCUACACACUGACUCUUUAUCACUUUACAGUUGGUAACCUCUUUUAGCUAACUUGUUCUACACAGGAUAACAUAUGUCUGACAUUCCCUUCCCCCUCUACUAUAUGUAACAUACUGGUCUUCAGUCUUUAUAAAGAAUGUAUUAAUCACAGCCAAAUCCCAUGCCAUUUCAAAGUCAAUCAAACUAUUUCCUUCAUCAUUUCUUAUUCCCAUCUCCAUCCCAUCUCCAAUAAAAUACUUUUCGUCUACAGGAAUCUAGAGCAUCUCCCAAUCAAGGGCACUCCAAAAUUCUUUCUUUUCCUGUUUUUCACACUCUACUUGUGGGGCAUAAGCACAUAUUAUGUUCAUGUUGGUAUUGCAUGUAUUCUGUUGGCCUUUCAUUAUUUUUUCACUUCUUAUGAUUACCCUUACUAGAUGUUCUUUCCAUUUGUAGUUUAAAAUAACACCCACUCCAUUUCUGCGAUGACUAUUCACAUUACUACUGUAUAUUGACUUGUAUGCAUAUAAAAAAUCCCUUGAUUUAUUACAUUCACAUACAGUGUACCUUUCCAACUAGUUUCUUGCAUACAAAGUACAACACUCCUAUGCAUGAAAUCGGCGAGCUCCUUUUCUGUACCUGUCAUACUUCCACCAUUGAGCAAUUGUCAGGACUAGCUUCUUAGACCCCUUCUGUCCUGUAAGAAGUGGCCCUAGCUCACUUUUCAUAGGGGUAAGGCGAAGCCGUAACUGCCUGUUGCUUAUGGGUAACAUCCCAGUCCCUAAACUGUUUUCUGUAUUCCUUCUUUCCAUGGAUUUAGCAUUUUAGGUUUUUUUUUACUGACGGAUGCCCUUCUUGGUGCACACCCUCCAACUUUAUCCCGGCUUGGGUCUAAUUGGGACUUAAAAACAGUUUUUAAAAUAGCGAUGGAUACAAAUAAAUUUGGCAGAGUAAUCACAACCUAAGACAAAAGACGGCAUUGCAAGAAAAAUAAUCGUAAUUAAGGGACAACCUAAAUAAUUCAAGAUUUGUACUGAUCUUGAUUACUCUUAAUGAAAACAGCGUCGUGGCGUCACGAUUAUUAUAACUAUUCCUAUUUUUUGAAUAACG